GAGAAGAUCGAAAGUCAACCGACUUUCAGUUCAGCAAUCUAUGGAGCCGUGGACUCGUACCCUUCCUCGGCACGGGAAAGGGUUUAUUAAAUUUCUGGAUUUCCGAAAGCGCGGAAGUGGUGACUGAAAUAUGUUCGAAAAUUGAGGCAGUUUGGCCGAAGAGAGUUGCCGAAGUUGAGGUUCGAUUUCGUGGACUCUUGACAGAAAGAGAAGAAACGAUUCGAGCAGAAGAUUUGCUCGUUGCUUUCUCGGAGUGCAGCAAGUGAGCAAGGGAUGGAGGACUGCGGCAAUGAGAGGCGUGCGAGUCCGAUCUUCUGACCGGACUUUGAAUUACGGAGCUCGCGGAGAGGAGAGUGGGUACUGAGCGAUUGCGUCGCGGACUCAUGGCACAAUCUGGCCGCAUGGCGCUGGAUGACAGGAUUUUGUUUGGGCAUUUAGUGUGACGCGAGCGAGACGCGACGAGAGGGCUUUGAAGUGAUCGGAAGCUUCACUAGCGUUUCAAGAUGGACGCCAAGGCUGCUCUAAAAUUGCGCAUGAGGGAAGCAGUACAAAAACGAGGAAAGAGGAUAGAAUCUCCACUUGUUCGAUACAACGACUUGGGACAACCUGUGUGCAAAGUGUGCAAUGUCACUGUUAAGUCUGAGACACUGUGGACAGCACAUAUAGCUUCACGCCCACAUAAGGCAGCUGUAGACGACCUUAAGGCCAAAGCAGCUUCACAGUCUGCUCCAAAGGCACCUGAGCCCCCAAGAGCUCCUGCUGCUGUGGCUAGGCCCUCCUCUACUCUUCCGGAUGAUUUUUUUGAUACAGCUGAACCUAAACGCCCUAAGCAAGGUGCUGUGAUUGAGUCCCCUAAGCCUCCAGGUGCUAAACAAAGUGGCGAAUCGAAGUCUCAUAGAGGACAUUCGGCCAGGAAUGGAGUGCAAAGUGUACGCCCACCAACUCAAGUUGUGGCUCAAGAGUCUGAUAAUCAAUCCAGCAAAGAAAGCCCAGCUGCUGCAAAGGGCUUCUUGCCUGAAGGCUUUUUUGACAGUGUGGAUGCGGACCACAGAGCUAGAGGAUUGGAACCUCCUAAACUUGAUCCUAAGGAUGAAUACAAAGAAUUUCAAAAGCUAAUUAAGGAUGAUAUGCUGGAUGUGGAUGUUCGGUUGGAGGAAGAAGAGGCCGAAGCAGCAGAAGAAAGAGAAGAGCGGGAACAACUAGAACAAAGAACUCUAUUCGAGAGGAUAGAAAGGAUUAAGCAGCGACAGCAAGAAAAACUUGCAGCUGCGGAGCAAGCAAAGACAAAUGAAGAAGACAAAGCAGAUGAAAGCGGCAAUGAAUCAAGUGACGACGAAAGUGAGGAGGAAGAAGAAGAGGAUGCAUUUUACGUCGACUGGAGAGCCAAAACCCUGUGAAGAGCUCACUGGAUGCUACUGUAACUCCACAUUGUUGUAAUUAGCUCACUCACGAGGCUGUACGAGAGUAGUUCUCCGUGCAUACCAUUACAGCUUGCUGUUUCAAACAUGAGAAGCGUCGAAUUGACCACUAAUGGUCAUCGUAGAGAUCAUUGCCAGAAAUCUUUCACUAGAGUUGUGAGAAUAUAGAUUAGUUUUAUGGAGCUGAGCAUCUCGUAGAUAGGAAGACAGAUAUCUUUUAGCGACAAAAGGCUGGGUGCAAGAGACCUGAAGCGGACCUCUUCGUCCUCUUCUGGCACUAGAUGGCACCUCCCUUUUCUUCUGUGAGUUCAACACUCGAAAGUCAUCAUUCCAUCAUUUCUCUCCUGAAGUCUAUCGUCGAUGGAUGGUAUUGCAAGCAUUCGUUACUUCAUUAAUUCAUUCACCUCACAG